CUGAUUCUUCAGGCCUCAGGAACAUGGAGCAGAUGCUCUCCCGCUUUCUUUUCUUCCUCGCCCUGGCCAAGGAGGCGGCUCACUUGGAAGACAACAAGAUCCCCAGCUUGUGUGCAGGGCAGCCGGGUCUCCCUGGGACCCCUGGAACUCACGGCCACCAGGGUUUGCCCGGCCGGGACGGUCGUGAUGGACGAGAUGGGGCUGCAGGCCUGCAGGGAGAGAAGGGCGAAAUUGGCCAUCCAGGACUGACAGGCCCCCGAGGGGAGCCAGGCAGCCCUGGCACCAACGGGCUCCUGGGAGAGAAGGGGGCCCAGGGGGAGUGUGCAGUUGCGCCCCGUUCGGCCUUCAGCGCCAAGCGCUCUGAGUCCCGCAGCCCCCCUCUGCCCGACGAGCCCAUCGUCUUUGACAUCGUCCUGAUUAAUGAGCAAGGCCACUACAAUAGCAACACUGGCAAGUUCCUCUGCGAAAUCCCGGGGCUCUACUACUUCGCCGUGCACGCCACCGUCUACCGGAUGAGCCUUCAGUUCGACAUCAUGAAGAACGGCAAGUCGGUCGCUUCCUUCUUCCAGUUUUACGGCAACUGGCCCAAGCCGACAUCCCUGUCCGGAGGCAGCCUGGUGCGUCUGGAGCCGGAGGAUGAGGUCUGGGUGCAGGUGGCGGUGGGCGAGUACACCGGCUUCUACUCCAGUGUGAAAACUGACAGCAUCUUCACAGGGUUCCUCGUGUACUCCUACUGGCAAAACUCCCCCGUCUUUGCUUGA